UUGUGGGGAUUUUGGUUUCCCCUUUCAGUGGUGGGAAAAUGCGGAUAGCUGUCUCAGGUCAUUACACAUGGAGAAAAAAAUAACAGUCAAUUUCGAUCUUUUUAAGGGAAUGGCUCUCCAUGAGCUCAGUCUGGUCUGCUUGGUGCAAAGAAAAUAUGACGGAGUGGGAGAGAGGGACGCCUUGCUUCCUUUUCCGACACUGAUGCAGAAAAGUGCAAUACUGCCAUCGACUGGAAUGGAGUUGUUUCUAUAGGCGAUAUCUUUAUUUUUUGCACGCAAGGUUAAAGCGCCCCCGAAUAACCUAUAUGAUAUUUUUCUUCCUACGAUAUAUUAAUGCAAAUGUAAUUGCACUCAUUUUAUAUAAUUUCUGUAUCAUGUCCGUUCCAUAAUUUGAUAGGUCUAAAUACAGGCAAAAUAGGCUCUAAUUAGACUACAUCUCUUUGAACAUCCAUUAGAUACUCCAACGUAGGCCUACUUCAUGGGACAGCGGGCGAAUCCGUACUGGACUUUGCUUUUGUUUUAUGGCAUUCAGGCGGAUGUGAUGACGUCCACUGCUCUGAACAAACCAUUCACAUCUAUCACAAAUGCGUAAUUGUCGCGCUACGACGUGUGGGGAUGAAGAACAAAAUGCUAGACUUCUGCUGAAAGACGUGUGAUUUUUUUUUAUCCAUUUAACUUCACAGUGUACUGUUCUAAACCCAGGAAAUGUCUAGGUAUCACAAAGCAGCGAUUGACGGUUACCUGGACCUCCUGAAAGAAGCCACCAGGAAAGACCUCAAUACUCCGGACGAGGAUGGAAUGACACCCACACUAUGGGCUGCUUUUCACGGGCACGUCGAAGCCCUUCAACUCAUAUGUAGCAGAGGGGGUGACCCAAACCGGAGUGAUAUCUGGGGCAACACACCCCUGCACCAUGCAGCCACCAAUGGCCACAUGCACAUCCUCAGCUUCUUGGUCAACUUCGGUGCCAACCUUUUCUCCCAGGACAACGACUUCCAUACAGCCAUGGACAUUGCAGCAUCACGCGACCGAAUGGACUGUGUACGUUUCCUGGACAACGCGGCAUCACAGCAGACCACCCAGAACCCCAGAAAGGUGGCCAGGCUGAAGCAGGAGGCCCUCAAGGAGGCAGAGAGGCGGGUGAAGCUGUGCGAAAAGGUCAAGAAGAGGCACCAGAACAAGAUGGAUAAGAUGUACCGAGGAUCGGUGUCAGAAGCGAGCAUGGGGUCACAAUCAUUCUCCAAGACAGGCACCAUCAACAGUGUGAAUGAGCAGUUCUCUAAGCUUAUCGCCUCUGACACCUCUGGCUCUCUCACGGCCCGGUCAAAGGGAACUCUCCAGAGGAUAUUUGGUAAAAAGGAUAGAGGAACAACUGAGAAGAUGGGAGGAGAUGGGAAUGUCAUCUUUGUCAAGCAGGACAACGGCACUCUCUCUGGAAAGCCUGAGUUCAUGGAAGUAUUUUCAGAGCAGGAUGAGAUUGAUGAGGAUGAGGGAAGAUUUGCAGAUGAUUCUGACAAGGAGGAUGAAGAUGAUGGCCCGGGAGCCAAGGAGUCCAUCUUCAAACGGCCGGGCCUGGGGAACAUGGUCUUCAGGCGGAACUUCUCUGCGGAGAUGGGAAUGGAGCCUGAGCAUUUCCCCAGUGGGGACACUGAAGACCUGGGCUCCCUCAUCCGCAGGGAGGUGUUUGAUACAAAAGUGGAGGAUUUAGGUUUUCCAGAGGAUGGGGAGCAUGGUGACCUGCCAUGGAACCAGGAAGAGAUCGGCCUGGAUGAUGACCAGGACGAGGAAACCUCCCCACUGGAUGCCUUUCUCUCAUCCAUCUCCCUGCCUGACUUCUCCCCAGCCUUCACAAGGGAAAAGCUGGACUUGGAGGCAUUGAUGCUCUGCACCGACGAUGACCUCAAGGGCAUCCGUAUCCAACUGGGGCCUCGCAAGAAGAUCCUGGAAGCUGCUGCUCGCCGUAAGAAUGCACUGGAGAAACCCGGCGCCAUCAAGGAAAGCUUCCUGUGAUAAAAGGACGAUACUAAGGCAGUUCAAUAGCUAGAGGCAUAUAGUGACAGUACUUUUCCAUGAAAAGAGCACUGAUGACAAAGCUAAGAAAAGUGGAAAGAAAUAUCAGUUUAUUUUCUAUACCUUAAAGAAUAUAUUAAAUUCUUUAAUAAUUUUCUCACCUUGGAAUUAUUAUGAAAGGCCAGGGGAUAAUAUAGCCUUUUAUUACAUUACUAUAGCCACUGCAGGAUGAUGUUAGCAUUGAGUAGACCAAAACAAUGGGCUUCAGAUACCUGGCAUUGUGACAAGAAUAUUGUCAAUAGAACUAAUCAGUUAUCCAGUUUAGACGAAUGACCACCACUUCACAAUUAAAGAAUAAAGAAAAGUAGGAAGGAACAAUGUCAGAUUCCCAACAUAAUUUGAUUUGGAAGUUAUUUCUUACAAAUGUUGUUCUGGUCUUGAUUUUCUUGUUGAUUUUAAAUUAUUGAUAGAAAGGUGAAAUAAUUGUCAUAAAUUGAGUUGUGCCAAAUUGUAUGAAACUUAGAUGAGCAUGUUUCAAUUACUGAGAUUUUUAUGACAAAUUGGAAUGAAUAAAGCAAGUUGGUUUCAGUAUACAUUUUACUGUGAUA